UAUGCUGUUGGAAAAAUGGUGCCAAUAGACUUGCUCAACACAGGGUUGCCACAAACCUUUAAUUCGUAAAAAAUGUAAUAUUUGUGAAGUGCAAUAAAAGGAAGUGUGCUUGCAAUGUCUGUCACAUGGGCGUCCCCAUGCUGCUCACUAUCUGGCACAAGAUGGGAAUUUAAAGAACAUUUGUACCAUGAAUGGAUGAAGUUGGUUUAUGGUCUGCUCCUGGCUUAAAACCAUAUUUGAUUCAUAGUAAAGAUUCUAUACAUGAGAAUAGUUGCUGCUGUGAUUAUUUUUUGAGACUUUAGAAAGGAUUAAAGCCAGGAAAGAACAUAUUAAGCUGAAGUUUGAAGAACAAAAUUCCCCUCUCUGGAAGUUUUCAGGCAAAGGCCAACUCUUAGGGAGGUCACAGCAUAGAGUCCUGCCCAUGUUUGUACUCUGAGGCUACAUGAUCUAGUGGGACAUCAGACACCCCGUAGUUUCACUUGCUAUCCUGUGACUUUGCUUAAGACACUUUACUUUCCUGAGGCUCGGUUUCCUCAGUUCUAAAAACCUACUUAGUGGUGUAGCCAUGAAAAUGCAAUGAUAUAAAUCAUAGGAAACUGUGGAACAAAGCAGGUGCAUGCGGAGUGUAAGUGCUUAGUCAAUAUUUGUUUUCUUCUCUUCUAUUUCACUUCCUUCUUUAUGGUUUCCUGUUUUAUGAUACAGGCAAUAGUCUAUAUUAAUUGUAUUUAAAAUGAUUGUUUAUUGUAAUUUAAGGUGAAGAGAAAAUUCCUGGGUUGGGAAGAGGGAUUACAGUUCUGCAGUUUCCCAACCCUUUCUCUGCACAAAUAUAAUCACAGAAUUACACAAUCUGAGACCUGAAGGCAAUGUUUUCUUUUACUUAGAAUUUAAGGCAUGCAUGUUUGUAGCAAAUAGCUUCUCAGAACUUCUAAGAGCUAUUUAUGAACAAAUGAGUCAUGAAUCAGAGUUUCUUACAGUCAAUCAAAGUUGAUGGAGGGUAACCAAUUACAUAACUUAUUUCCUAGGGAAACUAAUUAUAUAUCACUUUUUUGUAAGAAGAUGGUAAAUGCCAAUUGAGAAGCUCAAGGUUAGCAAAACAGAAACAGAAGGUAAUGAUUGAUUUCUAUGUGAUUGCUUUAUGAUCACAUGCAGUAUAGCUGCCUUGUUCAUCAGAGACAAUGUAAAAUCCUCCCCUGUCCCUUCCCCCUUUCCAAUUCAUAAAAGUCAACAUUAUUUAAAAACAAAACAAGAAGUUUAGAAUUAGGAUAAAACCUAUCCAGUGAUCCAAUGAUUUUAGGGAAACAAAAUAUUUACUCAGGUGGUGGUUGUGGUGUUUUGGCUUUUUCUCAGCUGCUAUGCAUUUGUGAUUUUCACUUGUGCAAUACCACUUUAUUACUUGGAGCCAUUACUUCCCAUCUUUUGUUGUCAAUUGGGUCCUGAGGUUAUUCCAGCACCUGAAGAAAAGCCACCAUCUACCUACUUUUAGAGCUUUUAAGAUAAACCCAUAAACCGGGAGGAAAGCGAGUGAGUUACCGUUAUCAAUAUGGAAUGUGAGGUUUCCUGUGCAAUAGCACCACCGCUUCUAAGUCACCAUGGCUGGCACUUCUCAGAAUAAGGAAUGAUAUAAUAAAUAAUGUGUGUGUGAAGUGAAAGCUUUGAGCCAUGGAAUCAGCUAACAUUUAGAAUUUUAUUAGGGACAAACUGUCUCAGAUGUUCUUAGUGCUAUUACCCCCUUGUUAAAGCUGGUAAUUCUUGUUUUUAAAGCACUUUGGAGACACUCAUUGAUACAUGCUGAAAAAAAAUAGAUAUUCCUUUUUUCCUUAAAAACUUCCCAUGAGACUUUAGAACCAUAUAAGAAUAAUACUCUGAUUAUUCAAGUGGGUGGAUUUUACAGUCUUUAUUUUUUAUACUUUAAUCAUUUUAAGAGAUCUGAGCUUUCCUCACCACGAAGUGCAGACUUGGUGCUGUAUGAUUCCCUUGGUUAGGAGGAAGGGCAGAACCCACCAGAGACCCUGGACCUCUGUGGGCAGCUGCCUCCAUUAGCUCCUGGUAACACCAAUCAGCUCCUGACCUCAUUAUCAAAGUGGGAGGAGGUAAUACAAAAUCAGAGAGAUGGCCCAGAGUAAUGGCGGCCACCCAGAGCACCCACAGAGGGUGUUUAAACAGGACCAGUUGCAACCCUGUGCCUGUGAAUAAUUGCCAGGUGGGAGUAUAUGCUCAGUGUUGCCAGAUCCACCCAUUUAUCAGGAAAAGCUGGAAAUUAUCCAUGCUGUCUGUCUGCAUUCAAGGAAGGAAGAAGGACAAAAGGUAGGACCAGCCAUUUAUCAGCCAACACUUGCCCUGGCAACUCCUAACAGACUUCUACUUAAAUCUUAUUGGCUAGAACAGAUCAUGUGGUCACAUUAGUUGCAGAGGAGGCUGGGAAAGUGAAAGUGAGUAUUUAUGUCCUCAGCCAUCAUGGUAGAAAUAAUUCCAGUAAAGGAGGUUAGGACUUGUUGUAGGCCAGCUGAUUUGAACACUGCCUCCUAACAUGUAGAUAUUUUAUUGGCUCUAUUUUAAAAGAAAUAAAACAUGUCAGAUAUGGCCCACAGACCUUCAGUUUAUGACUUCUACAUAAGACAAACCCCCCAGCUAGCCCUGGUACUCUCUCUGCCUUUCAUUUCAAUAUUAUACUAUCUUCUGAUUCACUGGCUCCAGUCUUCUACCACCUAGGGCUUGCCUUGCUUUUUUUGUUGUUGUUUUCUCCAUGGAAUCCAUCUGUUGGAACAUUCUGUCUACAAACUCCUUUUGUUAGGUAAUAAUGAGUUUUCUCAUUUUAAAAAAUUCAACAAAGACUUGCAGAGCUGCCAAGCAAAGCCUCUGAUCAACACAAGAUAACCAGCAGGAAAGUUGGUAUAAUUCCAGACAGCAGUAAAAAAAAUAAAAUAAAAAAGACAUUUUAAUUAGUCUGUGCUGCUUUAUCUUGGGUAAAUGGAUACAUUCCACUAGGCCAGGGGUUACUAACUUUUUCUGUAAGAGACCAGAUAGUAAUAUUUUAAGCUUUGGGGGGCAUAAGGUCUUUUUUGUAACUAUUAAACUCUGCCAUUGUAGUGUAAAAGCACCUUGGACAAUAAGUGAAUGAACAGACAUGACUAUGUUCCAAUAAAACUUUAUUUAUAAGAAAAGGCUGUGGGUUGGAUGUGGCCAGCAUACCUUGUACAAGGCUUUUCAAGCUAUUAAAAUAUUUCACACUCCUGUGCCUCCUUUCCUAAACCUUUAGGAAUCCUGAUUGAAGACACCAAUUUGCAUAAUAAAUGUUGCCAUGAACCACUCUCAGCCUGACUGCUAAAUCCCUGCCCUUUGGAUUCCAACAACAUUCUUAGUAAUGAUGUCCCCACUUCCCUCUGCUAUAAAGCUCAUUCUUGAUGGCCUUGGUGAACAUUUGGGGCUUGACUUUCUCUAGAAGCUAGAUUAUUAGAAGAAGUUGAGGGCAAAAUCUCUUAGGUCUUUGGGCACACAAGAUUUGAAGACAGAUAAGCCAGACAGGAACCUGAGAUCUACUGCUUUUUAUCUUUGUAGCUAGAGUCCUUUACUCUGAGCAGUCUGAGGCAUGGACAAGAGGAUGCCAACCAAACCAGAGUUUUCAUCUCAGCCACGUUUGUCAAGGGUUGUCACCAAUCUAUUAUGACCUUCAGCGACUGUAAGGGGAAUAACAAGCUACGCUAUGAGGUCUCAAACCCAUACUUCAAGGUGAACAGUGAUGGUGGCUUAGUUGCCCUGAGAAACAUAACCGCAGUGGGCAGGACUCUGUUCAUCCACGCGCGGACUCCCCAUGCAGAAGACAUGGCAGAGCUCGUGAUUGUCGGGGGCAAAGACAUCCAGGGCUCCUUGCAGGAUAUAUUUAAAUUUGCAAGAACUUCUCCUGUCCCAAGACAAAAGAGAUCCAUCGUGGUAUCUCCCAUUUUAAUUCCAGAGAAUCAGAGACAACCUUUCCCAAGAGACGUGGGCAAGGUAGUCGAUAGUGACAGACCAGAAGGGUCCAAGUUCCGGCUCACUGGAAAGGGAGUGGAUCAAGAGCCUAAAGGAAUUUUCAGAAUCAAUGAGAACACGGGUAGCGUCUCGGUGACACGGUCCUUGGAUAGAGAAAUGAUCGCUACUUAUCAACUAUUUGUGGAGACCACUGAUGUCAAUGGCAAAACUCUUGAGGGACCGGUGCCUCUGGAAGUCAUUGUGAUUGAUCAGAAUGACAACAGACCGAUCUUUCGGGAAGGCCCCUACGUCGGCCACGUCAUGGAGGGGUCACCAACAGGGACCACAGUGAUGCGGAUGACAGCCAUCGACGCGGACGACCCGGCCACCGAUAAUGCCCUCCUGCGGUACAAUAUCCGUCAGCAGACGCCUGACAAGCCGUCUCCCAACAUGUUCUACAUCGAUCCUGAGAAAGGAGACAUUGUCACUGUUGUGUCACCUGCGCUGCUGGACCGGGAGACUCUGGAAAAUCCCAAGUACGAACUGAUCAUCGAAGCUCAGGAUAUGGCCGGACUGGACGUCGGAUUGACGGGCACGGCCACAGCCACAAUCGUGAUCGAUGACAAAAACGAUCACUCGCCAAAAUUCACCAAGAAAGAGUUUCAAGCCACAGUGGAGGAAGGAGCCGUGGGAGUUAUUGUCAAUUUGACAGUCGAAGACAAAGACGACCCCACCACGGGUGCGUGGAGGGCUGCCUACACCAUCAUCAAUGGAAACCCCGGGCAGAGCUUCGAGAUCCACACCAACCCUCAGACCAACGAGGGGAUGCUGUCCGUCGUCAAACCUCUGGACUACGAGAUUUCUGCCUUCCACACCCUGCUGAUCAAAGUGGAAAACGAGGACCCACUGGUACCCGAUGUCUCCUACGGCCCCAGCUCCACGGCGACCGUCCACAUCACCGUCCUGGAUGUCAAUGAGGGUCCGGUCUUCUAUCCAGACCCCAUGAUGGUGACCAGGCGGGAGAACAUCUCCGUGGGCAGCGUGCUGUUGACCGUGAACGCCACGGACCCCGAUUCCCUGCAGCAUCAAACCAUCAGGUAUUCCGUUUACAAGGACCCAGCAGGCUGGCUGAAUAUUAACCCCAUCAAUGGGACAGUUGACACCACGGCCGUGCUGGACCGCGAGUCCCCGUUCGUCCACAACAGCGUGUACACUGCCCUCUUCUUGGCAAUUGACAGUGGCGACCCUCCCGCCACGGGCACUGGAACCUUGCUGAUCACCCUGGAGGACGUGAACGACAACGCUCCCUUCAUUUACCCCACGGUGGCCGAAGUCUGUGAUGACGCCAAAAACCUCAGCUUCGUCAUUCUGGGCGCGUCAGAUAAGGAUCUUCACCCAAACACAGACCCUUUCAAGUUUGAGAUCCAUAAACAGACCGUUCCUGAUAAAGUCUGGAAGAUCUCCAAGAUCAACAACACACACGCCCUGGUGAGCCUUCUGCAAAAUCUAAACAAAGCAAACUACAACCUGCCCAUCAUGGUAACAGAUUCAGGGAAACCACCGAUGACGAACGUCACAGAUCUCAGGGUACAAGUGUGCUCUUGCAGGAAUUCCAAAGUGGACUGCAACGCCGCGGGGGCCCUGCACGCCAGCGUGCCCGCACUCCUGCUCCUCUGCCUCUUCAGUUUGGCUUGUAAGUUGGCCUGACUCCAGCACGUGCACAAGUAGGAAAAUGUAACUGCACCGGGUUCAUGAAGUGGUUUUUUUUCCCCCCAUGCAUCUUUUUAACCCAGAGGAAUCAUGCAUCUUUAGUUUGUGCCUGUGUGAUAGAAAAUGUCACAGGUAAAAAUGCUCCAACUAAUGUUUGAAGGCAUCUUAGCAAUCUCCUGGCAGCCAGUCUGAGGGAUUGUGCAGAGGCUCUCGUUGCCAUCCUGCAAACCAGGUGAUAAGCAAAACUUCCUGCAGAUGCCACUCAACCUGAGCUAAUAAAAAAUGUGCCCGGAUUAGUUAACUGGUGUACCGGGGGCCUGUUUCUCUCUACAUUGUGCAGAAUGAUCUUUUGCAAGGUUAAA